CGUUAUCGUUAAUUUUGGUGCAUCUCGGAUAGAAAUAAACUUUGGAUUUUGAUUUGUUUUGUUUAUUUUUUAUUAGAUUUUGCCGGUAGUGUUUUUCAUUUCAUUCUGAUUAACGUGACGCUGGAAUAUUUGGGGGACCUUUACGUUAAACCAGUUGUUAGACCCCAAAAAUAUAUACAUAUAUGUAACUUUAACUGCUUCGGGUGCUCCUUGGAGACCAAAGUGAGGAUAUAACAACCUAAUUAAGCUCAAAAUAAUAUACUACAAUAAAAAUGCGUUGGCUGUAUGCAUGUUUCGUAAUUGUCCUGUGCGCCCUAAUCUUUUGCGAGUAUGUGGCUGAUUUUGUUGUUCUACAAAAAUGCAAAUGGCCAGAAAUUAAACGCAAGAAAUAUGUUGACGAUCCAUUGAGGGCAUUAAUAAUAGCCGAUACCCAUCUAUUGGGACCACAUCGUGGCCAUUGGUUAGAUAAAUUGUACAGGGAAUGGCACAUGACCCGAGCGUUUCAGGCAUCGACCAGAUUGCUGCAACCCGACGUGGUUUUCGUAUUGGGCGAUCUAUUCGAUGAAGGGGACAUGGUCAGUGAUAAGCAGUUCCAGGAGUAUGUCUGGCGAUUUCUGAAAUUGUUUCACUUGCCACCAGGAAUACCCUUAAUCAGUGUGGCUGGUAAUCAUGAUGUUGGCUUUCAUUACAAAAUGCAUCCGUUCUUUAUGAACCGCUUUGAGAGCUAUCUAAACUAUUCCCUAGUCCAUCUAUAUACCAUUAAGCAAAUACACUUUGUUUUAAUCAAUUCCAUGGCCAUGGAAUCAGAUGGUUGCAUGUUCUGCGCAGAGGCGGAAUCGGCCCUGAAAAAUAUAUCCCGUACAUUGCACUGCAUGAAAUAUCCCCAAGAAGCAGAAUGCGCCCGUACACGCCGCCAUCCAUAUAGUCAACCGAUUUUACUGCAACAUUUUCCAACAUAUCGCAUAUCUGAUAAGGUCUGUAUGGAGCAUGAUGCUCCUAAUAUAGAGGCUUUUCGUGAGCGUAUGGAUGUCAUCUCAAAGGAUGCCACAGAUAUGCUAGGUGAUCUAUUGAAGCCACGUUUAUCCUUUGCCGGACACUCGCAUCAUUAUUGUCAUAGUGUCAAUCGUUUGGGUAUCGAAGAGUUCACAGUGGCUUCAUUCAGUUGGCGUAACAAAGUCAAUCCCAGCUUUAUGAUGGCAACUCUUACCCCGGAUGACUAUGCGGUGGCCAAAUGCAAAAUGUUACCCCAACAAUUCGUUUAUAAUAGUUAUUUUUGUGCUACUGCCAUAUGCCUUAUACUGAUACUUUGUCAGCUAAGAAUAUGGCUGAAAAAGAGUCAAUCGCGUGCAGCAGAUUCUGAAAAGCGCAAGGAAAAAUAAUAAUAGUAAUAACAAGCGAAAAAAAAGAACAACAAAUUUCAAACUAAUAAAAUGCUAUAUCAAUUCCUCCCA